UAGCGUAUGGGUAUUCGGGAGCCGGGAGGAGACACGAUGGCGGUGGUAUUCCUACGUAAGCUCUAUAAAACGGGGGCGGACUCGAUCCCAAGAGCGGUAGUACCACUUAUUAAUGCGAACGUAACCUCCCGACUACCCGAGCAUAUCUGCCGAGGACAGAGGAAGAGGAGGAGGGAGGAAGGCAGAGACAGACACGGGCGGCAAUGGAGCCCCGAGCCCGCGCCUCCUCGCUUCUGCUCUGCCUCAUGCUCUCGCUCUUCUCCGUGGACAUCGUGUCGGCGCAACAGAGGUUCGGCAUCAACUACGGCCAGAUCGCGGACAACCUGCCUGACCCGACGCAGGUGGUGCGCCUGCUCCGGUCGAUGAACGUGAACAAGGUGAAGCUGUACGACGCGGACUCCAAGGUGCUCACCUCCUUCGCCAACACGGGCGUGGAGUUCAUCAUCUCCGUGGGCAACGAGAACCUGCAGACCAUGGCCACGACCCCCGGCGCGGCGCGGCAGUGGGUGUCGCAGCACGUGCAGCCCUUCAUCCCGGCCACCCGCAUCAGCUGCGUCAUCGUCGGCAACGAGGUGCUCGGCAACAACGACAACGGCAUGGCAGCCAGCCUCGUGCCGGCCAUGCAGGCCAUCUACGACGCGCUCGUCGACCUCGGCCUCAGCCGCCAGGUGACCGUCUCGUCGGCGCACUCCGUGAACGUGCUCGCCAGCAGCUUCCCGCCGUCGUCGGGCGUGUUCCAGGAAGGCCUCGCGCAGUACAUCAAGCCGCUGCUGGAGUUCCACAGCAAGACCGGCUCCCCGUUCCUCAUAAACGCGUACCCGUUCUUCGCUUACAAGGGGAGCCCCGGGAGCGUGUCGCUGCCGUACGUGCUGUUCGAGCCCAACGCCGGCGUGGUCGACCCCAAGACCAACCUCAGCUACGACAACAUGCUCUACGCGCAGAUCGACGCCGUGUACGCGGCAAUGAAGGCCAUGGGGCACACGGACAUCGGCGUCCGGGUGUCGGAGACCGGGUGGCCGUCGAAAGGGGACGAGGACGAGGUGGGCGCCACCGUGCAGAACGCGGCCGCGUACAACGGGAACCUGAUGCAGAGGAUCGCCAUGAACCAGGGGACGCCGCUCAAGCCCGAAGUGCCCAUCGACGUGUUCGUCUUUGCGCUGUUCAACGAGAACAUGAAGCCCGGCCCGGCGUCGGAGAGGAAUUACGGGCUGUUCUACCCCAACGGCUCGCCGGUUUACGCGAUCAACGCCGGCACCGGGGCCGGCUCAGGCCCCGGCGCGGGCUCCGGUUCGGUAGGGCGGUUUGACCCGUACUCGUCGCAAAUGUUCUCCGCCGCGUCCAAAUUGGCGGUAACGUUUCGGGCGGCGGUGGGUGUCCUACUCGCCGCAUUAUUCCUCUGAGCUUCCUCCUCACGUACCGCGUCGCGUGGAGAAAAAAGAAAAGGCGGCGCACGGAGGAAUGAUUGAUUGGGGGCGCUCCCUUCCGUCUAACUCGCCGGAGCCGGACGAUGGUGGACACAUUUUUCCUGACAACGAGGUGAUAGAGAAAACCAGGGUAAGAAUGGAUAUCAUUAUACAAAGAUGCGUACUGUAGUUGCGCUAACUUUGAAGGAGGGAGCUGUUAGAUGAGCCUGAUGUACUGGUACUAGCUAUUGCUAAUCAGUCAGUUAGGUCACUCUGAAGUCACAAAGGAGAACCUAAAGUGCGAAAGAAGUGGCUGUUACUGGUCUUUAGCAAUGGCAAGUACACAUGACUUAGCCCAUAGAACUUGUUUUGUUAUCUUUUCUUUUCACUAUUGUUUUGAGGUUGUCGUGUUUAUUCAUCGUGUUGAGUAGCAUUUGUAGCAGACUGGACACCAUUUAAUACCUACACAUAGAGUAUGUAAGACGUGGAGUUGAUUAAAUUUAAUACAUAUUUUUUUUUUUGUAAAA